AUGCAGCUGAACCGACCUCGCAGUGCCCUGCUCGGGUUCAGCCUCCCACCUCCUCCCCCCCCUCCUCCCCCUGCCUCGUUCUCCAGUCAGUUCAGCACCAUGAGGUUCUCCUACCACCUGAGCUCCACACCACCAGCACACAACAGCAGCUCCACCUGCAGGACAGGUCCCUCCUCCUCCUCCAGUCCCAGCUUGCUGACUAAGAGUCUCUCUCUGGAGCCGUCCUGCUCUCCGUGCGGCCACCAGGGGGUGCUGGAUGCUGACACUCCCCAGCAGCCGAGCUCCGACCCGGGGCCCAGCUUCUCCUCCUCAGGCCCCGCCUCCCUGGAGGGAGGGGCGGGGUUAACGGAGCGCCGAGGGUCUGCUAUUGGGCUGCUGCUGGUCAAUGACACAGGGCCGCCGGAGCUGCCAGCUACCACAAUAGCACCACUGAGCAAGAGCCGACCGCCGCUGCCGGGGCCCAAACCUCAGGUUCCCCCAAAGCCCCCCCACCUCCAGCAGCAGGCAGGGGUGUCAAGGCCACGCCCCAGGGCUCCAGAGAAGCCCCUCCCUCCGCCCCCACCUUGUAGACCCCUCCCAGCGGACCCCCGAGGGGGCCGGACUCUGCCAACCCGUGCCGAUGGCACUGCUUCCCCGACCUGUGUCCUGUCACUCAUCGAGAAGUUUGAGCGCGAGCAGAUCAUCGUGGUUCCUGACAUCACUGGGGGGGCUCUCUGUCCCCGCUUAACUGACCCCCCCUCCUCCCUCUCCUCCUCUCGACCUUCAUCACCACCAUCAUCAUCAUCCCCUGCCCCUCCCCCAUAUGAUGAGGAGCUGCCCUCUGAGGUCAAAGAUCACGAUGAAAUCACAGAGGGGGUUGAGGAAGAGGAAGGAAAACUACAUAAUGAUGAAGAUGAUGAAGAUGAUGAUGAUGAUGAUGAAGAGCUGGUGGCGGCAUGUCGUGACGACCUCCAUCAGAAGCGUCUGUCCAUGGAGUCGGGUUACAGCGCCUCAGAGAAACACCUGGAGGAUGAUCAGCAGCCGCUCGACCAAUCAGAGCUCCCCUCGGAGCGUCUGUCCCUCCCCUCGUCACAGACUGACGGGAAGCUGGCCAAUCGGGACAGCGGGAUUGACAGCAUCAGCUCUCCGUCACACAGCGAGGAGCUCUGCUUCGCAGGUGUGGAUGACGGGGUCGUGGCUUAUCCCUGCAGCCCCGCCCUCCUGCCCCGCCUCUCCAGCUCGUCCUCGUACGCGGGGGAGGGAGGGGAGGGGGAAGGAGAGGGGGAGGAGGGAGACAGUGACCUGGAGGAGGAGGAGGCUGAGCUAACUCUGGUGCUGCCACCCCCCAAGACAGACAGGCAGGAUUCUGCUGAGAUGUCGGUGCAGCAGAGGGUCUUCAACAUCGCCAACGAGCUGCUGCACACAGAGACUGCCUAUGUCUCCAAGCUCCACCUCCUGGACCAGGUCUUCUGUGCCAGACUCCUGGAGGAGUCCCGGUCUCGCUCCUCUUUCCCCUGUGAUGUGGUUCAGGGAAUAUUCUCCAACAUCUGCUCCAUCUACUGCUUCCACCAGCAGUUCCUGCUGCCAGCGCUGCAGAAGCGGAUGGAGGAGUGGGAUUUGAACCCACGAAUUGGGGACAUCCUGCAGAAGCUGGCUCCCUUCCUGAAGAUGUACGGAGAGUAUGUGAAGAACUUCGACCGAGCCAUGGAACUGGUUAACACCUGGAUGGAGAGAUCAGCUCAGUUCAAGGCCAUCAUCCAGGAGAUCCAGAGGGAGGAGCGUUGUGGUAACCUGACUCUGCAGCACCACAUGUUGGAGCCGGUUCAGAGGAUCCCACGCUACGAGCUGCUGCUCAAAGACUAUCUCCACCGGCUGCCAGAGGACGCCCCAGACUACAGGGACGCCCAGAAGUCUCUGGAGCUGAUCGCUACAGCAGCAGAACACUCCAAUGCUGCCAUCAGGAAGAUGGAGCGAAUGAGGAAGUUGUUGAAGGUGUACGAGUUGCUGGGAGGAGAAGAAGACAUUGUUAACCCCACUAACGAGCUCAUUAAAGAAGGACACAUCCUCAAACUGUCCAAUAAGAACGGGACCACGCAGGACAGAUACCUCAUACUGUUUAAUGACAGGUUGCUGUAUUGCGUCCCCAAGCUGCGUCUGAUUGGUCAGAAAUACGGCGUCCGCGCUCGCAUCGACGUGGAUGGCAUGGAGCUGAAGGAGACCAGCAGUGUUGCAGUCCCCAGGACAUUCCUGGUGUGUGGAAAGCAGAGGUCCCUGGAGCUACAGGCCAGGACGGAGGAUGAGAAGAAAGACUGGAUCCAGGCCAUCCAGGCAACUAUUCAGAGACAUGAGCAAACCGUGGAGAGCUUCAGACAUCUGAAUUGUUCUCUACGAGAUGAUGAGUCCACACCACCUCACUCCCCGAGCUGUGUGGAGCUUGGGAAGCGUGCGCCGACUCCGAUCAGAGAGAAGGAGGUGACUCUGUGUAUGAAGUGUCAGGAGCCGUUCAACUCCAUCACCAAGAGACGGCACCACUGUAAAGCCUGUGGACACGUGGUUUGCGGUAAAUGUUCGGAGUUCCGUGCUCGUCUGUCGUACGACAACAACCGCACUAACCGUGUUUGUGUGGACUGCUAUGCCACACUGGUGGGAGUGCUGCCCUCGCCCGCCACGCUGACCAGCAGCACCCAGAGGAGGCGAUCCAUCCUGGAGAAACAGGCCUCGCUGGCAGCAGAGAACAGCGUGAUUUGUAGUUUUCUUCACCACAUGGAGAAAGGAGGGGGGCGGGGCUGGCAGAAGGCAUGGUUUGUCAUCCCUGAAAAUGAGCCGCUGGUGCUCUACAUCUAUGGAGCUCCACAGGACGUGAAGGCGCAACGCAGCAUCCCUCUGAUUGGCUUCGAAGUCUCUCUACCUGAGUCAUGUGACCGCCUGGAGAGACGCCACGCCUUCAAGAUCUCCCAGAGUCACCUGACCCUGUACUUCAGCGCUGAGGGGGAGGAGCUACAGCGGCGAUGGAUGGAUGUCCUGUUGAGGGCCGGGAGGGGGGAAGAGUUUCAGGUCCACCGGCCAAUUGUGGAGAGUCUGGAGGAGGAGGGGGAGGAGCUAGCAGCUGCAGCGGACUGCGAGAACACGUGA